GGGAAAAGUUCAGUGUUCCGUGAAGGCUAUUGGAAUAGCGUUGAAGAAGCUAGAAGAAGGACACAGCAUUGAAGAUGCGAAAGCUGUCUGUGAACCAGAAAUUCUCACUCAGAUUUUCAGAUGGAAGAGGAAGCUAGGAUCUUAUCUUGCCCCUUUUCUUAAUGGCAUGCGCUAUAUAUCUUUCGGUCGCCACUUCACGAAGGUGGACAAACUGAAGGAGGUGGUUAAUAGACUAAGAUGGUAUGUGCAAGAUGGUGACACGAUAGUGGACUUCUGCUGUGGCUCCAAUGACUUUAGCUGCUUGAUGAAAGAAGAACUAGACAGAAUGGGGAAAAAAUGCCAAUUCAGAAAUUUUGAUCUCAUACAACCAAAGGUAAAUUAUUUUAUAAUCAUCAUAUCAGCUUCCUUCAUGAGUUUUAUGGUUGUUAAAUCUGAAUUACAGGUGAACCAGAUUACCACUGGGAAUUCUAUUUUUUGGUAAAAGGGGUAGUAAAUUAUUGAGUUCUUUCUAAUUUUCCUCUUGCAGCAACUCUUCUUGAGUAGGCCCUUCCUGUUACAACUAGCUAGUCUUUUUUACUCCAGUCAAACGAUACUUGUGAUUUGUUCGUCAACCAAAUGCUUACAAUAUAAAACUCGAUAACCAGCAUGUGUGUUAUUGUGCAAAUAAAAUCCACUGUGAUGGCUUGUAAUUAGAAGAAAUAUGAAAAGGAAUGUAAAUAUGCAUUAUGUUUUUUUUAAAUCAUGUGUAGUUGAGGGAUGAGUUUUUCUUUAAGGGCAUGGUGAAGUUUAUAAGUGUGAAAAUAUUAUUUAGCUUCAGUCCAUGUUGUCAGGCACGAGAUAGGUUGAAGAGACGAUCCUCCAAUGUCACUUGGAAAAUGGCUCGUAGACAAGAGAUAUCACCAAUGUAGCAAGUUGUUUCUACUAUUGGACAAAGGCCAUCCUUGUCAAUUAAGUUUGUAGCUGUUGGGAAUAAACCCCUUACCAAAAUAAUAUUCACGGUAAUAAAGCGGAAUAA